CAGCGGGCUACAGGCUUUCCUGAUCAUCUUAAUAUCCCUGUCCCAAAAUGUGGGAUUUGCCCUCCUUCUGUGUUCUGUUUCUGAUGGUACCUCUUAGCGCCUUGGCUGACGAUGGCACUGACCAGUCUGCAAGAAGUCCUUGUGCUAACUGGAUGGGAGGGGUUCCUGGCUACCCUGGACACAAUGGCCUUCCAGGAAGAGAUGGCAAAGAUGGAAAGAAUGGAGAAAAGGGAGACAUGGGAGAACCAGGUCCAAAAGGCCCUGAAGGUGAAACAGGGAAGACAGGACCUGCAGGACCCGAGGGGUCCCGUGGUUUUCCUGGGGCACCUGGAAUGAAAGGAGACAGCCCUUACAUCCAACGUUCCGCUUUCAGCAUGGGACUGAGCACUAAAUCCUCUCUUCCCAACGUUCCUAUCCGCUUUACCAAGGUGUUCUACAAUGAGCAGCGGCAUUACGACGACAGUACAGGGAAAUUCCGCUGCGCUAUCAAAGGCCUGUACCAGUUCUCAUAUCACCUUACCGUCUACAUGAAAGAUGUCAAAGUCGGACUUUACCGAAAUAAUAAACCAGUAAUGUUCACUUUUGAUCAGUUUCAGAGCAACAAUGUUGACCAAGCCUCUGGCUCAGUCCUGCUACACCUUGAAGUUGGGGAUGAAGUUUGGCUCCAGAUAUAUGGGGAUGAGAGCUUUUCCGGCAUCUAUGGAGAUAAUCUGAAUGAUUCCACUUUCACUGGCAUCCUUCUGUACCCAGACUAAGACAACUUAUCAGUUCCUACCUAGAAGGGCAGCACUGUCUCAUGUAUUGCAGUCAUUAGGAAAGGCUAAGCCAACAUCAUUACCAUUAACCAAGGUUUUAACAAACUCAGACGUAUUCUUACUGUUACUGAAUUUAAAUCAAUAUAGGAUUUUGUUAAAUUGUCUCCUUGAUAUACAGAAGAGCAAGAAUUCUUAGCAUGAUGUAUUUGUACAUGUAUACAAAUCUGCCAGUAGGACAGGUCUGAGUUUUACUUGUUUUAUAUUUAAUGUCAUUACCUAAAAACAAGCAUAAAAUCCUGCAAUUAGAUUGUAUUUGUCAUUUAAUGGAAAUAUAUUUUCAUUUACAGGGUUACUGACACCUUUUUGAAAUCACUGGUAUGUCAAAAUGUCUCAGUGUUCCUUUAAGCUAAUAAAGCUCAUCCCAAUAUGCCUA